GCUAACGUAAGCAUAAAUGAAUAACACCUGCAUGAAAUCACAGGUAAAUCUAUUAAGAAAUCUUCAUUUCGUACCAAUGGUAACUACAAAAUGGUGUGAGGAAGAUUCGUUUCAUAAUCCACCCUUAUAAAGUUCAAACAAGUAGCAACAGAAAUAUAGGAUUAAUAGAAAAACGCAACUUGGGAUUUUACAAAAUGAAAUUCUUUGAUAAGCUCUGCCUUUUACUUUUCCUCACAAAUGUGGACUCCCGACUGAAGGAGCAACAUCGGCCAUGCUCAUUCAAUCCUUUAUGCACAUGCUCCAAUGGAGGUCCAGAUUUAGGUUCCGUAUGCUGCCAUAACAUGCCAUUAAUGACUGUUCCAUCUCAAAUCAAUAAUUCUGCAAUUUACAUCAUGAGUCUUAAGGAUAACAAAUUGCGUUAUCUAGAAGAUAAUAGUUUAAAUGGAACUGGGCUCUGGAAACUUCAGAUUAACAACAAUCUGCUCACGGAUUUACCGCCCAACGCUUUAGCGGGACUCGAGAAAACAUUAUCGAUUCUAGAUUUGAGAAACAAUAACUUAAUACGAAUACCAAAAGAAGCAAUACAGAACUUAGAGAAACUAAGUAAUUUGAAUUUGGCUGAUAACAAAAUUGCCUUCUUACAAACAGAUGAUUUUCGCAAUUUGGGUACUAGUUUAAAAGUUUUAGAUUUAUCUGAAAACGCUCUAAUGCAAGUUCAAAAUGACGCAUUUCGUAAUAUGGUAUCUUUAGAACUUUUGAAUCUUGCACAUAACUCCAUAAUUUCAAUUGAUGAUAUAACGUUUCAUGGAGGGUUGAAUAAUUUAAAGCAUAUAAAUCUUAUGGGUAAUCAGCUUCAGCAAAUACCACUGAAUGCUCUGGCUAGUUUUAAAAAUAUUAAAACCGUAAACUUGAAUGAAAAUCUGAUUUCCACUAUAUCCGAAGGAAGGGAAAUAAGAAACCGCAUCUAUUUAGAUGAACUGCAUCUUGAACACAAUCUUAUAGAAGAAUUGACAGCAGAAAGCUUCAGACUUUUUAAUCAAGUAAACCGUAUCUUUUUGAAGGGCAAUCCAAUUACAACAAUUAAUGACACUUUUCUGACAGCCAAUACAACUGAAAUUUAUAUGCCUCAUUGUUCGAUAUCAGAAAUAACAAAAAAUGCAUUUUUUAGUUCAACACAUUCAUUGCAAGUUUUAGACCUUAGUUAUAAUAAAAUAAAAGAAUUUCCCUUUUUACCACUGACAAAGUUAAACAAAUUAUCACUUUCUGGAAAUUCUCUAAAAGAAGUUACGCCGGAAGAUAUUAAGUAUUGUGGGAAUCCAUUGAAAUAUCUAGAUAUUUCUGGAUUAAAGAUGAAUGGGUUGUCGCAAGAAAGCAUGAAAUAUUUACCAAACAUAAGAGAGUUAUCACUCAAUAAACCAACGCCAGUUAUCAAUACAGAAUACUUACAAGACAUUGGACCUUCAAUGGAAAAACUAUCUUUGACAAGAAGUUCAAUCAAAGUAAUUGAAAAUGGAGCAUUUCACAGACUAAGCGGAUUAAAAACAUUAGAUCUAUCCCAUAAUGUCAUAUCAAAAAUCGGAAAUACCACUUUCAGGGAUGUAAAGCAUUCAUUAGAAAAACUUGUUUUGCAUAAUGCUUUAAAAUUAACAUUAUUCCCAUAUAAAGUCUUAAAUUCUCUAUCAAAGUUGGAAUAUUUAGAUACGAGUAGCAAUCGUAUCCAAUAUUUAACACAGAAUUCUUUUUCGUCAUUUCAAAACUUGAGAUAUUUAAAUUUAAAUCAUAAUGAACUGAAAAAUCUAGAUCCGAAUAUAGUAAAUGAUAUGCAUAAUCCAAACCUCUCAUACCUGAAAGUAGCAUUUAACAAAAUUAGAGAACUAAAAACCCACAUAUUUCGAAAUUUGCGAAAUCUGAUUUAUUUGCAACUAAAUGAUAAUUUGAUUGACAACAUACACAAAUCUGCCUUUCUUGAUUUAGACUCGGUAAUGAUUAUUCGUCUAGAAGGGAAUUUGAUCAAAACCAUUGAUAAUGAAGCAUUCCAAAAUUUGCCCAAUAUUCAGUUAAUAAAUUUGGGAUAUAAUCAGCUAUCUUCUUUCAAUUUGGAAGCUUUUAACCAGGUAGGAAGAUUAUCAACUUUAAGGAUAGAUGUAGAUCACAACAACAUUCAGAAUUUAACAGGAAAUUAUACGGUUAUUCAUACUUCAAGCAACAUAAAGUAUCUCAAUUUUAGCUAUAACAAUAUAUCCUAUUUGGACACCAACUACUUAGAUCCAAUAAGGCUGUCACUUACAGUCUUAGACUUAAGCCAUAAUAAAUUGGUAAACUUAACUUCCCAGGCAUUUACAAAUCUGGCUCAUCUGCAGACCCUAAUACUUUCAAAUAACGAGAUUGAAAGCAUAGAAGAAGAAGAAUUUAAAGGUCUCCGAUCUAUACAAAUAUUAGAUUUAUCAAAAAAUAACUUAAAUACUCUACCAGAAAAUUUAUUUGAAAGACAAAAGCAAUUAAGAAUACUUUCAUUGGCAUACAAUGAGAUGGAACAGAUACCUGCAGAUAUUUUUAAAAAUACUAUAAUCGAGCAACUAGAUUUAUCAUUUAAUGACUUGCAAGAAUUUCCAGAAGAUUCAACAUUUCAUAUCAAAGAUACUCUGCAGUUAAUCGACUUAACUGGAAAUGCAAUAGAAUUCCUUAAUUUCAGCAAUAUAGCAUCAUUGCCAAAUUUACGGUAUCUGGACCUUUCCCGAAACACACUAACUCUACUUAGUUCAACAGAAGAAAUGCAACUACCACAUCUAAUGACCCUGGAUUUAUCUCACAACAUAAUAAAAGAAUUUCCAGCAUGGAUGAGUAACCAAUUACCCUCUAGUCUUGAGGAACUCAAUUUAGCGAAUACAAGUUUGAAAGAAAUUCCAGUGCUGACAUCGUCGUGUAACGUUUUAGUAUUGAACCUGAGUUCCAAUAAUAUACAAACGGUGGAACACGAGACAUGGGAACAACUAAAGAAAAUCCAAAUUUUGGACUUAUCUAAUAAUCUGUUGAUAAAUACAUACAACAACGUAUGGUCAAACCUGCAGUAUUUAAAAAGCUUGUAUUUGCAAAAGAAUCCAAUACAAAAAUUAUCAAACAAUAGCUUCACGAAUAUGGAAAGGUUGCAGGAGCUAUUUAUAAAAAAUUUGAAAUUGCAAGAAAUCGAUCAAGAUACGUUCCAUACACUGACAGCAUUGAAAAAGAUAGAACUAGAUACAUACACAGGAAGGAGUACCAAUGUAUCUCAACUGUUUCAUGGUAACCAAGGAAUUCAUGAAAUACAUUUGCAUGUACAAGAGAAUGGACUGGAUGGGAUUUUCAACGGAGAUCUUCCUAAAUCAUUAAAAUCUAUCAUUCUGGAAGGUGAUAAUUUAAAAUACUUCGACGAGUCAGUCUUUUCGAGCAUUCGAAGUCAUACUCUUAACCUGAAUAUUCGAAACUCAAACAUCACAAAAUUUCCACAGAAGGUUUUUGAAAAUAUGAAAGAAACAAAAAAUUUCACAGCAGCAUUUAUAAACAACAAGUUGCAUACGCUUGAAAAGCUAUACACAACAGAGGGAGAGGUACCAGAAAAGCACCUCAAACAUUUGAAGUUAUCUGGAAAUCAACUACACUGCAACUGUGACCUUUCCUGGAUAUGGGAGUGGAUAAAAGAAUAUGAAUAUGAAACUCAGUGUGAAGAAAUGAUAUGCGAAGAGACUUACUUGCACGAUUUGCGCGAAGCUGUAUGUGUUAACAUGAACAACAGAUCAAUUAUUACUGUAUUUAAAACAGAACUCGAUUGCUUCUCAAGCGGUACAUUAGCAAAACCUGCAAUUGGAAUAUUACUUCAUCUCUUCUUGAGCACUGCAUUUAUGCUAUUUUAUAACAUAGUGAUUGUUGCAUAAAACUGUAUCGCCUUUCCUCAGUAACUGCUUCUUAUAAAUCGAAUUAGAAAAUUCAUUGAAAAUUUUAAUAUCAAGCACUUAAAUAACAAUAUAGGAAUUUUAUAUUAACAUAAGUUGCAUAAUGUUACUUAUUAUGCUUGAUGUAAAUAUAAAUUUAAAAAUUCGCCUAAAAGUUACAUUAAAUUUUCUAAAAAACAGUGGAUAUUAGAAUGGAUAGUUACUGAAGUUAAUAAAAAUCAAUGUUAUUUAAUGUAAAUUUGAUGUGAUUUUGUAAUAUUUCAAUAUGUAACU